CCAAGGUGUGGGGGCGGGGCCGGGCGGCUGCUUGGGGAGGGGGCGAAGCCACUCUCCUUCCACCUGGGGUCGCGCACUUCCUGGCUGUCCGCAUACCAGUACCCAGACCCAACCCAGGACCCUCCUCCCUGCGAGUGCCCCUUGAGCCCCCUCGAGGCCCUCAGGGUCCUGGUGGUUGUUCAGGCAGGAGGUAUCCCAGGAGGCCUGCCUGGGGGUGGGAGGCAUCAUCCCGGAUGGUGGAGAGGGAGCUCACAGGCACCGCUGAGUCCUGGAACCGACCUUGCCAGGAAGGACCACAGGCAUUUCCAGGCCUGAGGGCAAGGAGGAGCAGUAGAGGGUCACGCACAGGCAGCUGGGGAGCCUGUCGGGGGGUGGCUGAGUCCUGCCCCCACCCGGCAGCUGUGUGCUGUGGACAGGUCUCCGUGGGCCGGGCCCAGGCAGAUCGCCCACUCCUUUCUUUAUCUGUGACCAUGCCACUGCCACGUUCAGGAGUCCCCAGGGACACACAGCAACCAAGAACGAGGUGGGGACUCUCUGAGGAGUCCCAGACCACCGUGCCUCAGCCCUUGCUCUGGUUCUGUGGUCCAUGGCCCCUCAGGCAAGCCAGCUGGACCCCGGGUCCAAAGUCGGGCCCUGGGAUCCCAACGCCAGUCCACCUGCAGCUCUGAGUGCCCAGGGAGCCUGUUCCCUGUAGGGCGAUGGCUGGUUCCUGCCCCUGCGUCCCCGGGACAGGCUUGCAGGAAGCCUCUAAGGGGCAGCCACCCCCGGCCCACUGAGGCUGGGGCAAGAUGAGGGCAAAGCUAGUGGGGAUGAUGGAGAGAGGCUGACAUCAUGAAGCAGCCCUCAGAAGCCGAAAGGAAAGGGUAUGGACGGCGGGGCGGAGAAGGGCCCAGUCUCCCUGCCAGGCAUCCACCGGGACAGGGGGCUGCACUCUGUGGUACGGCCGGGUCCAGGAGUGCCCUGAGGCCUGCCUCGCUCUCGUCUUCCCUCCCUGCCGUCCUGGUUAUUGAGGUGCUGAUCCAGGUGGCAGGCCGGGCUUCACGGCCUUGUGGGCAGAGAGGGUUGUGGCCCAGGGCUCUAGAAUGUUCUGCAAACUUCCCUCUCAGGUUCUGUUUCAGUGGCUCUGGCUGGCCCUGCCUUAACGUCUUCCCUCUGUGCCUGUCUCAGGAAGGAGCAGCUGCAGCUCCCCAGGCCCUUGACAGGCGAGGCACCUGGCAAGUUCUGGAAGGGUCUUUGGGUUCCUGGGUAGAGCCGGGCUCAGCUGGGACAAGGCGCUCCCCACCCCUGAGCGGACAAUCCCAUCAGUCACAGUAAGCGUGGCUGUUUAUUGCAGCCAGCACAGCAUGGCCUCUGCAUCGACAACCACACAUCUGCUCUGGUGGCCCCGGGAGGCAGGACCGCCACUCCUCAGCCACGUCCCUGGGGUGGGGGCAGCCUUGGGCCUGUGUGUUCUCUCCUGGCCUGCAGCACCGGCACAUUGCCCUUUUCUGAAUCGAGGGGCCACGUGACCAUGCAUUUACUCAGCCAUGGAUGCUUCUCAUGCACAGGGGCUGUUGGCAGGAAGCAGAAGGUUCUAGAAGGUUCACAGGAAGCAUUCCGAUGAGCUGGGGGCAUGGACCUGAGGUUCAGGACCGGUCAAAGUGAGCAGGAUGAAGCUUUCCUGUCCCAUCCUGCCAUAGCCUCUUGUUCCCAAACAGCCCUCUGCAGGCUUGAGAGUCUGGGUUUGGUGUGCUAACCAGCCCUCGGGCAGCUGUCCGUGGCGGGUCGCCGCCUCCAGCCAGACUUCCUCAUUCUGUGUCCCCACCAGCUAUAGAGGAAGUCACUUUGCUGCCUAGCUGGCACUGCCCGCCAGCUCAGGGCCUGGGGGGCCUCUGGGGCCCAGGGAGGAAGCACACAGCACCUGGCCCCACACAGGCUCGGAGCACACUGCUUGCCUGCACGCUGAGGGGGCUUUCUUGGCGUCCUGUGGUCAUAAGGAGGCCAAGGGGCAGCACUGUAUUCUAGGUACCGGCCAACCUUCCAGAGCGGGUCAGCCUCAGCUGGCCUUCUGGUGUUUCUAACUAGACGUCCCACCCAGAGAGCAAACACAGCCAGGCUCUCGGGGUCACCAGUGAGAGGCACCUGAGGGCCAGGUGGGCUUGCUGAGUGCAGGUGACCCUCCAUGGCUCUGAGCACAGAAAGGAAUAAAGCUCCUUUGCAAGGUACUUUUGGGCUGUGGCUGUCUGCUCCCACGCCCUGCCGUUCCAGCACCCUCAGGCAGGGCACACUGACGCUUGCAGACGACCCCAGCAAGGGGCACAGGAGCACUGUGGGCUCGUGUGGGUGUCCUGGGAUGGGGCAUCUGGAGGCCAUGGCAAUGCUGCAGGGCAGGCACGCCCCCAGGGGCUCCACGGGCUGCAGCCAGCUGGGCUCAGGCCGGCAGCUGGCCUGUGUUGGUCUGUGCCUUCCUGGUAAGGCCCGCAGGGGCGUUUGCUUAGAAGGAGCAACGUCCCCGACAGGACUGCUGCCCUCGGGAGGGACACCCGGGGUGAGGUGCUCACGGGGCAGCUUUGGUCAAGGCCCAGGGAUGAGCGCCGGGGAGAUGUUGGGGGUGUCAUCUUCAGGUUUGGAACCCCGGAACCUGCAGUGGUCUCAACACCCAGGGGUCCUGCGUCCAUGUCAGAUGGGCACUGAGCAAGUGCAAAUGCCCACCCCCCGUCCCCCUGCCCUGCCACCGCCUCGUGGUCUUUGGUUCUGGAUGGAAAACUAGCCCAGAGGGAGAGCCGGUGAGCUGCCCUGUGGGUCCGCCCCUCCAUGCUGGCGUCUUCAGCCGGGGAGGCCGCUGGGACCUGUCGGGUCUGCCCCAUUGUCUGGGCAUCUGAAUCAUUCCGGGAACAUUUUAAGAACCAGGAAGUGGGAGGGGGGCAUGAUGACGAGGGGUCACCGGGCAGUUUCCUAGUGGAGCGCCCUCCCCCAGCCUCAGCCAAAGCAGGGUCUGGUGUCCGGCUUCUGGAAUUACAGGACUGGGUGUGUUUUUAGCACGGAACCCUAUUUCCCACUGGACUCAUAGGUAAGUGCAGAGAGCAGCAGAGGGUGCCCCGGAAUCCCACCCAUGGCACCCCUCGGGCACUCAGAGACCUGGCUUAAAAUCCGUGGUCCCACCUCUUCACCGUGAGGGUGGAGGGACGGUGGCCCAGGGGUGGGCCCAGACAGCGCCCCAGCCUUUCCGCCUGCAGAGCUCUUUACUGCGCCACACCACAGGCCCCAUCGAGAGCUGGCUGGCACGCUGGACCUGAAUUCCCAAACCCCAGAUGGGGCCUGGCCUACGGAUACGGGUCUACUGGGGGACAGAAGGCUGGGCUGUUGGAACUUGGUCAUUCACUUGGUCAUUCACCCCGAAGCCCCCGAGUGAUGGUGUCGAACCUCACAUCAGCUGUGUCUGCUGGGGGGACUGCGGCCUCUUCAAGGGCAGUGGCUCCUUGGCUGCAGAGGGCAGUGGCCAAGGAGGGAUGGCCCCGCCACAGGCCUGGCCAGGCAGAGUGCCUCCUCCUCCCUGAUUAUGGAAAAGUACACGGUGAUUUGCAAGGGGGCGUGGACCCACGUGGCCAUGCCGGCCAGAGGACGUGGACACGGUUGCCUUGCCUCCCUCCUGGGCCGUCACAAUGGCUCCUUGUUGGGAUAUCGGGAACUGCUGGUCACUCUGCUGUUUACUGACCCAUGAAGGAGGCAGAUGUCAUAGGUCCUGAGACCUUCCUCGAUGAGAAGACAGGCUUGAAGAGGCUGAUCCACAGCCCCAACCAGAGCUGCACACGGGCUAGCCGUGGCUGCUGCGGCUGCCCCAGGGUGGCAGCAGGCCACGGAUGGCCCGAGUGCCAGGCGUGGACAGGGACGCUGCUGCUGGGCACGUGCCUGCUGUACUGUGCCCGCGUCAGCAUGCCCGUGUGUACCGUCUCCAUGAGCCAGGACUUCGGCUGGAACAAGAAGGAGGCCGGCAUCGUGCUCAGCAGCUUCUUCUGGGGCUACUGCCUGACGCAGGUGGUGGGCGGCCACCUAGGGGACCGGAUCGGUGGUGAGAAGGUCAUCGUGCUGUCCGCCUCCGCCUGGGGCUUCAUCACGGCCGCCACCCCGCUGCUCGCGCACCUCAGCAGCGCCCACCUGGUCUUCAUGACCUUCUCUCGCAUCCUCACGGGCUUGCUCCAAGGCGUGUACUUCCCGGCGCUGACCAGCCUGCUGUCCCAGAAGGUACGAGAGAGCGAGCGAGCCUUCACCUACAGUGCUGUGGGGGCUGGCUCCCAGUUCGGGACGCUGGUGACAGGGGCCAUGGGCUCCCUGCUCCUGGACUGGUACGGCUGGCCGAGCGUCUUCUAUUUCUCCGGCGGGCUCACCCUGCUGUGGGUGUGUUACGUGUACAGGUACCUGCUGAGCGAAAAAGAUCUCAUCCUGGCCUUGGGCGUCUUGGCGCAAGGCCUGCCGGUGUCCAGGCACACCAAAGUUCCCUGGAGACAGCUUUUCCGAAAGCCCUCCGUCUGGGCGGCCAUCUCCUCCCAGCUGUCGUCUGCGUGCUCCUUCUUCAUCCUCCUCUCCUGGCUGCCCACCUUCUUUAAGGAGACAUUCCCCAGCUCCAAGGGUUGGGUCUUCAACGUGGUGCCCUGGCUGGUGGCGAUUCCCGCCAGUCUGUUCAGCGGGUUUCUCUCUGACCAUCUUAUCAAUCAGGGUUACAGGACCAUCGCUGUGCGGAAGUUCAUGCAGGUGAUGGGCCUCGGGCUGUCCAGCGUUUUUGCCCUGUGUUUGGGCCACACCUCUAGCUUCUGCAAGUCUGUGGUCUUUGCAUCAGCGUCCAUUGGCCUGCAGACCUUCAACCACAGCGGCAUUUCAGUCAACAUCCAGGACCUGGCCCCAUCCUGUGCCGGCUUUCUGUUUGGUGUGGCCAACACAGCUGGGGCCUUGGCAGGUGUCGUGGGCGUGUGCCUGGGCGGCUACCUCAUUGAGACCACAGGCUCCUGGACGUCCAUGUUCAACCUGGUGGCUGCCGUCAGCAGCCUGGGGCUGUGCACCUUCCUGCUGUUUGGAGAGGCCCAGCGAGUGGACCUGAGCCCCACCCACGAGGACCUCUAGCUGCCCCAGCCUGACCGUUCCUUCAGUGCUGUCUGCCUUGGGGUGACGGGCUCUGUUGGAGAGCCUCCCACUCCUGACUCCAGAUGUGUGAACAGAGGGAGGGCGAGCCCUAGCCGAGCCCCCUGGGUGGGCCUCAGUUUCUCCAGUGAGGUGAUCGUGCCCUCCCCUCAGGGUUCGUGGACUGUCAGGGGUGAGUGGAGUUAGUAUUUUUAGUCGCGGCUGCAUCAUUACACACACACACAGUCUGUUCCACGUAGAUCCACGUAUCCCUGUGGUCACCACGCUGGGAGCGUUGCCCAUCACUGCAAGGGCUGGGGCACUGCCGGGCUGGACUUCCCCAGAGACCUGCUCUGCUUUGAUUCUUGGCCCGUGGGGCCAGAUCAUUCUUCGUGGGGUGAGGGGGGCUGUCCUCUGCACUGUGGCUGAAUCCCUGGCCCCCACCUACUAGGUGACCCCCCGGUCAUGGCAACCAACAUUGGCUCCGGCAUCACCACAUGUCCCCAGGGGAACUGCCCCUGGGUGGGAACCACAGCUCUCAUGAAGGUUGUUAGGGGCCUGUGGCAUUUCUCCUUCUCCAAGAAGCCAGGCUGAGACCCUAGCUCAGUGGGCCGUAGGCUAGACGCCCUUGCCCAUCUUCGGGGACGCCCCCGGCAUCCCCUGUGGGUCCCUUGGCACUGGCGACAUGUUCUGCCUCCCUGGCGCCCGCGGAUGCCAGCGGUAAGGAGACUGUGGGUCCCUCUCCUGCCCAGCGUGCUCCCGGGUCCAGGGAGCCCUCCUGCAUUGUCCCUCUCUCUCCCAACAGAGGAGCUGGUCAUCUCCGGAAUUAAUAACAGAUCUUGCAAGAUGUAUAUGUAGAAAAAAGAAAAGAAUGUGGAAAAAUCACCCCAGACUUAUUUAAAUGAUGGCUAUUAAACUGGAAAAGGAAGACUA